GCAACAAUGCAGCCACCGCCGAGGAAGGUGAAAGUUACACAGGAGCUGAAGAACAUCCAGGUGGAGCAGAUGACAAAGCUGCAGGCCAAGCAUCAGGCAGAAUGUGAGCUACUCGAGGAUAUCAGAGCGUUCAGUCAGAAGAGAGCUGCGAUCGAGAAGGAAUAUGCACAGAGCAUUCAGAAGCUGGCUAGCCAGUACUUGAAGAAGGACUGGCUCGGAAUGAAAGCUGAUGAACGACCUGAUUAUAGGAGCAUGUACUCCGUUUGGAAAUCACUCCUGGAAGGCACGAUGCAGGUGGCUCAAUCCCGACUCAAUAUCUGCGAGAACUAUAAGAACUUGAUUUCAGAACCAGCCAGGACUGUAAGGUGCUUCAAGGAACAGCAGCUGAAAAAGUACGUGGACCAGCUGACACGGAUCCAAGCGGAGUUACAAGAGACAGUAAAAGAUUUAGCCAAAGGCAAGAAGAAAUAUUUUGAGACUGAACAGAUGGCUCAAGCAGUGCGGGAGAAAGCUGAUAUCGAGGCCAAGUCCAAACUUAGUCUUUUUCAGUCAAGGAUAAGCUUGCAAAAGGCAAGUGUAAAGGUGAAGGCACGACGAUCAGAGUGCAAUCCAAGGCUAUUCCAUGCACGGAAUGAUUAUCUUCUCACUCUAGCAGCUGCUAAUGCACACCAAGACCGCUACUACCAAACAGACUUGGUGAACAUUAUGAAGGCUCUGGAUGGGAACGUCUACGAUCACCUGAAGGAUUAUUUAAUGGCACUCAGCAGGACUGAGCUCGAGACGUGCCAAGCCGUACAGAACACCUUCCAGUUUUUACUGGAGACUUCCAGCAGGGUAAGUUCGACAUUGAGCGUGCUGGUUUGCACCGUGUGGGUUAUACAAGUCGACAACUGGAAUCGGAAACUGGAACGACUGAAGAGCAAGCCUCAACAAGGAGCUCGGAAAUGGCCAACCCGCGUGGCCCGCGAGCACAAAAACAUCAUCCACAGCCAGCGGCUCUCCCAGCUCCAUUGUAGAGGGCUGCACACCACGUCAGGUUGUCUGCAGAACCUCCCUAACCAUUGCUGUGCCUCUCUAACCUUUGCUGCUGUGUUUCCAUCCCUGUGCAAUCUCUGCCUCCAGAGUUUUAACACGGUUCAGCUGGUGGACAUCGAGCCCUCACCUGUCAGUGCCAUGCGAAUGACUAUAGCAGAGAGUCGACAACUGGAAUCGGAAACUGGAACGACUGAAGAGCACAGCCUCAACAAGGAGGCUCGGAAAUGGGCAACCCGCGUGGCCCGCGAGCACAAAAACAUCAUCCACAGCCAGCGGACACUUGAAGAGCUGGAGUGCCACGGGCCUGUGAUGUCUGAACAAACCCGAGUGGAACUGGAGCAGAAAAUAGAUGAAGCCAGAGAGAGCAUUCGCAAGGCUGAGAUCAUUAAGCUGAAAGCAGAAGCCCGUCUGGAUCUCCUGAAGCAGAUCGGCGUCUCGGUGGAUACGUGGCUAAAAAGUGCAAUGAACCAAGUGAUGGAAGAGCUGGAAAACGAGCGCUGGGCCAGCCUGCCCUCGGUGACCAACAACGGCUCUGCACACCUGAUUAAUGCUGAUGCAGAGAAGGAAGAAGGAGAAGAGUUUGAGGACAGCAUGGAUGUUUUUGAUGACAGCAGUUCUAGUCCUUCUGGUACUCUUAGAAAUUACCCUCUCACCUGCAAAGUCGUCUAUUCCUAUAAGGCUUCUCAGCCGGAUGAAUUGACUAUAGAGGAGCACGAGGUAUUGGAGGUGAUUGAAGAUGGAGAUAUGGAAGACUGGGUAAAGGCACGGAAUAAAGCUGGCCAAGUGGGCUACGUCCCAGAGAAGUACCUGCAGUUCCCAACAUCCAGCAGCCUGCUGAGCAUGCUGCAGUCCCUUGCUGCACUGGACAGUCGGUCCCACACCUCCAACAAUUCCACAGAGGCUGACCUGGUGUCGGGCAGCCUGAAUGGAGAUUCCAGUGUGUGUUUUGUGAAAGCACUUUACGACUACGAGGGGCAGACAGAUGACGAGCUGUCCUUCCCAGAAGGAGCCAUCAUCCGCAUCUUGAACAAGGAGAAUCAGGAUGACGAUGGCUUUUGGGAAGGAGAAUUCAAUGGGAGGGUUGGGGUGUUCCCAUCAGUGUUAGUCGAAGAACUGACAGCCUCAGAAAAUGGAGAGACUCAGUGGAUUGGAGAUACUCAGGUGUCCCCCACCCCGAAGCUGAAUCACACCCUUCCACCGCUGCCGCUGUACGACCAGCCUCCCACCAGCCCCUUCCACAGCCCGGAUAAAAGAGGCUCCCAGUACUUCCCCAGGUCACCAUCGACUAACGAAAACAGCUUCAGCUCAGAGUCCCCUGGCUUCUCACAGCCUCCACGGCUUCCUCCUGAAACUUCAUAUGGCAAACUGCGACCUGUGCGAGCAGCUCCGCCACCCCCAACGCAGCAGCACCACCGCCGGCCAGCAGAGAAGAUUGAGGAUGUGGAAAUCACGCUGGUGUAGCGGUUGGACUCGUUCCGUAGGAGUGCUACAAUCAAGACCAAACUCGGGAUUUGGUCGGUCUCGUUUUUAGGCACCUUUGCAUGAUGAAGACUUCGAAUAGAGCAAGAGAUAGGGGGGAUUUUCUGGGACGGUGACAUGGCGGACUCCUUCCCACGGUCAUGACUAUUUUGUGCCUUUGUUUCGUUUUUGCUUUCUAUACAUCAUUCUUCCUCUCUUAGCACAAACCCAGGCGGGCCGAGCAGCGAGCGGAGGAUCGCCACCGAGCAGGUUUCUCUCUUGGCUGAAGAUGGUCGUUUUUAUACGGAGGCUGAGAAGGAGCCUCCUUCCGCAGCGUAGUCACAGCGCCCUUCCAUCACCUGCGUUAGUACAGUAUAUUACUGUUGCCAUAGGAAUGUGUUAAAGAUUGUCAAUUCUUCAAGUAGCGUUACUUGUCUGAUUAGGUAUUAAUCAGCUCUAACGGAGUGAAAAAGGGAACUGAGAAAUGAGUGUAAGGAGAGGCUGGCUCCUCUUUAAUGCCCUCGCGGAAGGAAGAAACAGGAAAAUAGUCUUAUAGGUAAGGAAAAGUGAUGCGGAUCAUACAGCGUUAAUUACAUUAAUGCACACCUCUCCAAUAAUUAACAGUUAAGCGGAACUAAAUGUUCUUUGUAUUAAUAUUUAUGCAGUACAUUUAGUAAUAGAGUAUCUAAUACGGAGGUGCUGAAUUAGUAGCAACAUCUUCUUCCAUAGCAUAAACCGACCGGUAGAGAAGUGAGAUUUUUGUCUAGAUCUGGAAAUUGAGCUUCAUUUUUUUUUGUUUUCUUAGCAGAUUUUGGGGGGGUUUUGUUUUUUAAGUGUUUGGCUCACUCUUAUCCCAGUUAUCGCUGCGUGCUUUAUUACCCAACGUUAGCAGUGUAUCUCUGUCACCAUCAGGCUGGAGUUAGAUUACACAUCGCCUGCCUACCUGCCAUAUUUAGGUUCUGCAUUGGACAGCCCCGUAGCCUUGUCCCAGCAGAGCCCUGAAAGGAGCCUCAUACAGCUGCUGAGCUCCCUACUGUCUGCAGACCUCCAGGUUGCUGCUGGGGCUGCGGUCCCAGAUUCCUCUCUCACAGCAAAUAGAGAGAGGACAUCAAAACGACUUUUAAACCUCUGGAAAGAAAACUCGGUUUUGUUGUUGUUCAAAAAGAAAAGGGGAGAAAUGGUCAGAGGAGAGGGGAGGAGCAGACGAAAGCGAGUUGUUCUUCACCUGUGAGCAGUGAACUGUUGCUGGAAGAGCAGCACCCAUCAGAUGAAAGCUUCGGGCAUCACAAGGCAGUCUUCCCUUCUGUUGUGAGUUCUGUGGAUGCUCUGUUAACGCGUUCGCUUUCCCCUCCGCCAGUAGCAGUUCUGCCUUUAGUUGAGUUCCAAGGGCUGUUCUUUGAGGCUGCAUUCACAACAACCAUCCAACAAGAUUCCAGCUGUGCGCCUCCUUUGGGCCGCAUCUCCCAACCUGCCCAUCUCCCUCCCCAGCGGCCGCUGGGAGAAGAGGAGCUCCUGGAUGGGUUCUGGAACCGCUGACUGUCCACUGCGGUCUGAUUCUUUCGUACCUCUUGUCCUGUUGAUCUGUUUGAGGUCUUUUUACGUGUUUAUCAAACUUGUUCUUAAGUUUAAAAAAAAAAAAAAAAGAAUAAAAAUGUUUUUAUUAAGAUUUAACUGCAGAAACGUCGAAAGCUUCGCAGCGCAGAAGAAAAGCAAGUCUUGCCAUAGUGCCCACCCCGUCGGCCAGUUUUUGUCUGUGUGUCCUCCAUAGGCGGACUCUCAAAAUUCAGAAAAGUGUUAUUUAAAGCCUCUUUUUAGUUGUAUUUUAAAAUAUUUUCUGCAAGAGCUGCUAAUUUUAUUUAAAAAAAAAAAAAAAAAAAAGGAAAAAAAAUGAGGAAAAGUUGUACAAAUAUGCCUCCUUUCAAUAUGAUUUCUUCAUACAGGGCAUGUAUUCGACGUCUCAUCGUGUACAGUGUCAGUACACUGAAAGCAUCGGUGCAAAUGCUUUCUAUCGGCUGUAAAAAGUUUGUAUUUAUUAUGUAUAAAAAGUUGAAUAAUAAAAAAAAGAAAAAAGAA